AUGAACUUUUCUUAUUUAUUCAUUAUUUUACUUUUAUUUAUUAAUAAUGUUUUAUCUUACGGAUAUGUAGGUCAUCAAAUUACUGCAUCUAUUGCUCAAAGAUUUCUCUUACCAAAAGUGAGAGAACACGUGCGAGAACUACUUCCUAAAAAUGCAAACGGAAAUCUAUAUCCCAUUGCGUCAUGGGCUGAUCGAGUAAAAUUUACACCAAAGUAUAGAUUCACUUCUAGGAUGCAUUAUAUUAAUGCUCCACGUAAUAAUCCCCCAGAUAGUUGUACUGUUAUAUAUACACCAGGAAAGAUUGAUGUAUUAAAUGCUAUACAUAAUUAUACUAAUCGUUUGGAUCCAAAAAGCAAUUUGGAUUUUUGGUCUAGAGCUGAAGCGUUAAGAUUUCUUGUACAUUUUCUUGGAGAUUUACAUCAGCCUUUGCAUGUAGCGGCAAAGUUUAGAGGUGGAAAUGGAGCAAAGGCAAUAUUUGAAGGUCAUAAUACAACAUUACAUUACAUAUGGGAUUCAAGAUUAAUCAAUAAACAUAUAAGAGAACUUGGGUAUAACUUUACAUUUUCUGAUGAUAAUGCAAAUAACUUUUACGAUGGACCGUUUUUUGAACCAUAUGUUAAGUAUAUUAUAAACUUAAUGAAAACUGUAUGGAAACAAGAAGUAGCCGAAUGGGCUGUUUGUAAUGAAGAAGUAGAGUACAUUUUUGAAAAAGAAACACAAGAAUUACUUAAGCCUAAUUCAAUAUUAUUUGAGGAUAAUAAUAAACAAACUCAUUUUGAAGUAAAUUCACGACGAGAAAAAGAAAAAUAUUCUUUAAAUAAAAAACAAACUUCAGUUUCUUGUCCAGAAUUUUGGGCCGUUCCGUUAAACAGAUUAAAUUGUCAAAUAGUUUGGAAAGAUUAUAUACCUGAUACGGAAUUAAGUGAAGGAAUAUAUUAUGAAAGAAUUAAACGAACUAGGAUUGUUGAAAAAUUAUUAGCUAUUACUGGUAUUAGAAUUGCUGCUGUAUUAAAUAGUUUAUUAGGAUAG